AUGGCUUUUGCUCACCAGCUCGAUCUUGUAGAUCGUCAGUGCAACUUGUGCUUUAACCCUCUGCCACUCACUGAGGAACCAACUCCGGAAAUCGAAAUUCUCUUCCCAGUCGACAUGCAAGGCGCCCUCCUGACAAUGAGUGAAAACAUCUCAUACAUGGAUGUCUGCCUCGAUGCCCAGGAGCAAAUCUGCGGCAUUUGGAGAUCUGCCGAAGCUAUCGACUGCUUCCUUCGACCUCUUCAAGGAACAGCCCGGACGAUGCUCGUGGAUCGCUUGAUCAUGCACCAGCAAGCCCUGAACGCGGCGGCUGCGAGGCUGCACCAAGACUUGACCAACUUUAUGCAGUCGCUUGGAUUCAUGGGACAGCCAGAUGGCUUGGAGGAUAGGGCUUGGAAAAUGCGUGCCACAGAUUGA